CAGCAGGCAGCAGAGAGUUGCUGUGCUUUCGCCAGUGGAGGAUCCGAGAGGGGAGCAAGGGCGGCGUCGCUUGUACAAUGCCGAAUAAAACGAAAAAAGACAAGGAUUUAUCUAAAUCUGGCAAAGUGGGCAAGAGUGGAGGCGGGCAGGAGAAUUCACAACAUGAGCAGGGCUCCAACAGGAAGACCGGCAACAGCAUCCCGCCGACCACUCAGCUUCUCAAGGGCAAGCAGCCCGGCUCGCAGACACCCAUCAAGAAGGACAAGCGGCAGAGUUCUUCUCGCUUUAGCUUGAGCAACAACCGGGAGCUGCAGAAGCUGCCCGCCUUCAAAGAUGUGCCCCCCACCGAGCAGGAGAAGCUCUUCAUCCAGAAGCUGCGGCAGUGCUGCGUCCUCUUCGACUUCAUCGCGGACCCGCUGAGCGACCUGAAAUGGAAGGAGGUCAAGCGGGCGGCGCUGAGCGAGAUGGUGGAGUACAUCACGCAUAACCGGAACGUCAUCACCGAGCCAAUCUACCCCGAGGUGGUCCACAUGUUUUCCGUUAAUAUGUUCCGGACGUUGCCGCCAUCGUCCAACCCGACAGGUGCCGAGUUUGACCCGGAGGAAGACGAGCCCACGCUCGAGGCUGCGUGGCCGCAUCUUCAGCUCGUCUACGAAUUCUUUCUCCGCUUCUUAGAGUCGACCGACUUUCAGCCUAACAUAGCCAAAAAGUACAUUGACCAGAAGUUUGUAAUGCAGCUCCUAGACUUGUUUGACAGCGAAGACCCCAGGGAAAGAGAUUUUUUAAAGACCACCCUGCAUCGCAUCUACGGCAAGUUCCUGGGCCUGCGAGCGUACAUUAGGAAACAAAUUAAUAACAUAUUUUAUAGAUUCAUUUAUGAGACUGAACAUCAUAAUGGAAUUGCUGAACUACUGGAAAUAUUAGGCAGUAUAAUCAAUGGAUUUGCAUUACCCUUGAAAGAAGAACACAAGAUAUUUCUACUGAAAGUUCUGCUGCCGUUACACAAAGUCAAAUCAUUGAGCGUUUACCACCCGCAGCUGGCCUACUGUGUGGUACAGUUCCUAGAAAAGGACAGCACGCUAACAGAACCGACUGUAAUGGCUCUGUUGAAGUACUGGCCGAAGACCCACAGCCCCAAAGAAGUGAUGUUCCUCAACGAGCUGGAGGAGAUCCUGGACGUCAUUGAGCCGUCAGAGUUCGUGAAAGUCAUGGAGCCGCUCUUCAGGCAGCUGGCCAAAUGCGUGUCCAGCCCGCACUUUCAGGUGGCCGAGCGAGCGCUGUACUACUGGAACAACGAGUACAUCAUGAGCCUGAUCAGCGACAAUGCUGCCAAGAUCCUGCCUAUCAUGUUCCCCGCGCUCUACCGCAACUCCAAAACCCAUUGGAACAAGACCAUCCACGGCUUGAUUUACAACGCACUGAAGCUUUUCAUGGAGAUGAACCAAAAGCUGUUUGACGACUGUACGCAGCAGUUCAGGGCGGAGAAGAGCAAAGAGAAAGCCAAAUGGAAGGAGCGAGAAGAAGCCUGGCUCAAGAUUGAGAAUCUAGCCAAGUCCAACCCGAAGUUUCUGACGUACACUGACCCAGUGGACUGCGGCGGGCCGACAGACAUGGAAACAGACGGGCCGCUGCUAGAUGACGUCGGACUGCUGAAGAAAACGGUCGCCGAGGAGGCUACGCAGCUGCAGAAAGACCACCGGCGAGAGCGGCCGCUGAUGCGAAGGAAAUCGGAGCUGCCCAAGGACAUCUCAACUGUUACAGCCCUGGAGCUGCACCGUAGAGCCGAGGAGAUGUUGACCACGCACGACGGCCACUAACAGGCAACAAAUCCUGCCAUCUUUCGGCCCGGCCUAGCACAAUGCAUCCGUUCAAAACCCCCCCCCCCCACUCACUCCUAAGCUGCACCGGACAAAGCUGCGCUGGGUUGUCACCCAUCACCACCUCCCUUCCGUUUCUUCCCCCUUCCUCUCAGCUUUUGUUUCUGGGGUGCUGUGCUGCCCCCUUAUGGUCAUCUAGCUCAGGUGUUCCAUUCUGUACGUCUCUUUCUAGAUGUCAGGUGCUUUUAAAACAAAACAACAACAAAAACAAUAAAAAGAGGAUGUGUCCAGUGUAAUGUAAGAAACUCAUCAUAUGGAAGUUUUCAAUAUACUUUAUAAAGUAUUUAAGGAGGCGGUUAUGCCAACUUCUUUCCAAGUUGUAAAAAAAAAAAAUAAAUAGAUAGACAGACAGGUUGUUAAGCUUCAAAUUCCUGAGAGAUGCUGCCAUGUGACAUCAGAAUCCACCUGAUAGUCUUCUCUUCUUCCCACAUGUGACCCCCUCACCCCCCCCCCCCCCCUUUCACUCAGACCCCCCAGGUAGGGACGACAAUGCUUCACACAGGAGGUAUAUUUGUUUUCAUUUUGUUUUAGAAGAGCUCAAACGCGCCUUUCUUUUUUCGCAGUGCCUUUUUUAAAAAGGGGGGAGUUUGAUCUAGUUUAAAUUCAAAUGGAAAGUCCUCCAAAGCACAUGCCUUGCUUAAAAGCCCCCCCAUGCCCCCCGACCCUACCCCCUGAAAAGCGGGGGUCUCUUUAGAGGUGGGGGAGCCACUUGAAUGAACGAAGCGCUUCCUGAUUACACUUGAACGUUAAAAACAAAAACAAAAAACUCGUAAAGAGAUCUUGUCAUGUCUCACCCAUCGUCCAUUUUAACAAGCAACCUCUUGGUUUUGUCUCCACUGCCCACCCAUUGUGCCCCUGACCCACACACCUCCAGACACCCACCAGCACCCUCAACCAUAACGCUGAAUGUGCGAACUGUAAAUAUGAACGCCCGUCAUCAGUAUUGUCUGGUUGCUGGAUGCUGUUCCCUCUGGAAAAAGGCUUUAAUAACAGCUCCUUUUUGGAGUCUCUCAUGGUUCCACACAAGCUUUUUUGUCUUUACAGAAUGACUAUUUCAAGUGUCUUUUAAUUAUACGUCUCAUACUAAAUGGCUUGUACAUAUGAUGUACUAUUAUUAUUUUAUGUUACAAAUAAAUGUUUAGAGUUCAUAUUUUGUACAAAAUGGCCCCUCCGCCCACAUGUACAGAAUACAGAGGAAAUAGUCAGAUUGUGGCAAAACAUUUAGAAGCCGCAUAGAUUUUUUUUUUGUUUUUGUUUUAACUGUUUAUUUUUGUCUCCAACAUGUUGAGAUCCUACGUACAUAAGCUUUUUUUGUGUGUGCGUGUGCUUUUAUCCAAAUCUCCAGUGAUGUACAUCUAUCUAUAUACAGCAAAUAAAGAAAACGUGAGUUUUAUAUUUUCAUCCUAAGGAAAAAAAACCUGUUUUUUUAUUUAUUUAUUUAUUUUUUGCCUCUGUAUAGAACCAUGAAAAUUUGAGAAUACAGCCGGGGAUAGGGACCAGGCCCGCGAAUAGCGAAGACCCGUGGAUAAUUGACACGCAUUAUAACUGCAUUGAAGGGAAAAACAAUUUUUUUUAAACCCCCCCAAAAAUUCUUCAAUAAGCAAUGAUAUACCACUAAUAAGCAUUUUGUUCAAUGCAAGUUGCACCUACAUAGUUAAUAUAUUGCGUAGUGUCCUCAGUAGUGUGCAGUAUGUUGGUACCUUUUUCCAACUGGUAUCAGUCAAAUUUGCUAGCUUUCUUUACCAUCAGUACACCAAACUAGCUAAGUACAUAGUGCCUCUAUACCUAACUAGCUAUCUUUAGCUAGAUCACUACUACACUUUAUAGUUGGCAAUUUGUACAAAGCCAAUACAUUUAUUGGGUUUUUGUUUUUUCUGGCUUUGUUGUAGAAUUGUUUUUCUAUGGUAAUCUCCUUUCUUCCAUUUUAACACGACGUCUUUCGCUACAAAGCCUUGUUUACGUUCACAAAUUGGCCUGCUAGCUCCUAACAUGGCCGCCACACCCCACAAUACGUCAUUCCGUUUUGAUUCAUACGUAAAUUUAUAGAUUUUCCAUCUAGCGAGCUCUACGCAUGCAUUGCUACCUUUAUUAGUGUUGCUCUAUGUAGCUUAUUUCUACCUAGUUAUCCUUAUGUACCCACCACUAUCAAGAAUAGCUUUACCUACCUUUUCACAUUUUUCCAAAGGCAUAUCUAGUUAGACGAAUCUUUUGUUAGCUACCUAAAUUGCUUGAAAGCUCAGAAGCCACUAGGCAGCAAAUUGCUUUAGUUUAGAGCAUUCAAGCUAGUUUUGAAUUCCAAAUGGGAUCUUGUCUGUUGUUAAUUUGCACAGUUUGUCCUAACUUUACUAACCAUACUUGCUGCAGUCUGCCUAAAAUUAUCUUGUACUAAAUAGCCACCCUUGCAUUUCUCAGACUUACAGCUUUUACGUGUUCACAUAUUGCUGCGUAGCUGCAUAGGUAAGUAUUGCUAAUUGCUGCCUUUUAUUUUUGUUGAGCUACCUAUCGAUCUGCCUUUAUUUAUUGCU